CUUUUCUUUUUUUUUCUAAUUACACUUUUAAACACGCGUGAUAUGUUUGUGACUAUUACAACAGAUGGAGAAGACAUUUACAACUUGGAAAUUGAUAGUCAAAUGGCUAUUGAAGAUCUAAAGGCACUUUUAGAGGCAGAGUCAGGAGUUCCACCUGAUAUGCAGCGUUUAUUUUAUCAUGGAAAAGAAUUAUCAGAACUUAAAAAGACAUUAGAAGAGUAUCAAGUUGGACAAAACGAAAUGAUACACAUGCAACGAAUUCAACAAGCAGCGCCAAGUCAUCCUGACUUUGAUGCUAUGCGUCAACAUGUCCUUCAAGAUCAACGACUUUUACAACAACUAGAAAGGACAAAUCCCGAAUUAGCGCAUGCAGCACGUCAUGAUCCUGCAAAAUUCUCAACCAUGGUCGAACAGAUUGAACAAUCUCGUCGUGCGGCAGAAAUUCAAAAAGCACAAUUAGCAGCUCUUAACAAUGACCCUUUUGAUAUCGAAGCACAGAAGCGCAUUGAAGAGGCUAUCCGUCAGGAAAAUAUAGCAGCCAACUUGGAAGCAGCUAUGGAAUAUAACCCAGAGUCAUUCACAAGAGUGACACGUCUUUAUAUUAAUGUAGAAAUCAACAAUAAGAAAUUGGUUGCUCUUGUUGACUCGGGAGCUCAGAGCACCGUGAGUAAGUAUCUACAACAGCAAAAAAAAAAAAAAGGUGACUGACAUCUUGUCUCUAGUUAGUCCAGAAACAGCAGAAGCAUGUGGACUUAUGCGUCUAUUAG